GCCACCAUCCAACAGUAUCCAGAGUGAAGCGAAGCGAUUGACUCGAAACAAGUGCAAAAGAAGUGAACUCCGGUUAAAAGAAAGUGUUGAGUGUUGAGUCCAGAGAAAAAAAAUCCAAAGCAGAAAAAUGCAUCUAUCGAGUAGCAUCCGGUGGUCCGUAUUUGGAGUGGCAGUUUCCUUCCUAGUGUUUGCAGCCACGAUAAGUGUCAGUGAGGCGAAACCGAUCGAUGUGUGGGAUCAACUGACGAGGGAUGGUGGCAAAAUGUUCUACAAAAUGUUGGAAUACCUAAGUGACUACGACGAGUUCGAUGAAGAGCACCGCUAUCAGAAACGCGAGGGUUCGUCUCCGGUGCUACAAACCAGUAAUCGAGUGGAAAGUGCAUCAAUUAAAGAUGACAAAUGCAUGCUACCGGUGCGGAAGGGUGUUUGCCGUGCACUGCUUCCGAGGUGGAGAUACGAUCCCGAAUCAAAGUCCUGCCACGAAUUCACCUUCGGUGGCUGCGAUGGCAACGCCAACAACUUCAUGACCUAUGAAAAGUGUAUGGAUACAUGCAAAGGUGUGUAACAUGACGCCAACUGACGUGUAAUUCAAAACCAUCUGGUACAAAUCCGACUGCAUCCGACGAUAGACAUCGAUCAGCUGGAUCGAUCAGUUUUCGAGACACUAUCCUACUCCUAUUCUACGAAAGGAGAGACAAUCCGCAUCUAUGCAUGAGAAAAGACUACAAACCUUGUGACGGACCCAGUGCGGUCUCGAACCAGCUAAAAUCCCCACCAAGUGAUAAUUUUUUGUUAAGCUUUAGAUUGGUCGACUUUUUGUGUAUUUAGAAAAUAAGGAUCUUGAAUGUAUUAAAAUUGCGUAAGGUAUUUAUUGAAUAAAUAUAUUUUUUCGGA